AUGCAGCCAUUCAUCUCGGUGGAUGGAGUCGUCAACUUCCGCGAUAUCGGAGGCUAUGUAUGCCGGAAUCCCGCUGGUUUAUCCUCCUUGCCCUCGAAUGUCGACGAAACCCCAGAGAAACAGUGGUGCAUUCGGCCAGGAUUCGUCUUCCGCGCGGCACAGCCAUCCCAAAUCACCCCUGCAGGGAUUGAGAUCCUGAAAAAGACCCUUGCUAUCCAAGCCAUCUUUGACUUUCGGUCAGAGAGUGAGAUUCAGCUUGUGUCUAAGCGCUAUCCAGACUCCCUCCUCGAUAUUCCCGGGACAACUCGCCAUGCAGUACCGGUCUUCCAAGAAGGUGAUUACUCUCCCAUCUCACUGGCAAAACGGUAUGGAGUCACCGCGGACGAAUCCACGAAUGAUCAGUCCUUUAGACCGGGAUUCGUCAAGGCCUACGAGGCCAUUGCGCGCAACGCGGCUCAAGCGGGCAGCUUCCGUGCAAUCAUACAGCACAUUCUGCAGGAUUCGGCCGGCCCGGUACUUUUCCACUGCACGGUGGGCAAGGACCGGACAGGGGUCUUUUCGGCUUUGAUCCUCAAGCUGUGCGGGGUGGCCGAUGAGGACAUUGUCGCUGAUUAUGCACUCACCACGCAAGGCUUAGGUGUGUGGCGGGAGCAUUUGAUUCAACGGCUCUUGCAGAGAGGGGAGGCCACAACCAAGGAACAAGCCGAAGCCAUAAUCAGCAGUGACCCGAGAGACAUGAAGGCGUUUUUGAGCAAUGUAGUGGAAGGGGAAUUUGGAGGUGCUCGGAACUACUUCGUCAACCUCUGCGGACUACCGGAAGGCGAAGUCGAUCGGGUUAUCACCAAGCUUGUGGUACCAAAGACUACUAAAUAG